CUCUCCGGCAGUAGGAGCGGAAGUUCCGUUGUGACCCGGGAUAGCGAGCGCACUCCUCCCAUUGUAUGUGUGGCAACAACAUGUCUGUACCUCUGCUCGCUGAAGCUGUGACUCUGUCUGCAACUGAGAAGGAGACAGCUGUGGUGAUCUUCCUUCAUGGCUUAGGUGACUCAGGACAUGGCUGGGCCGAUUCCAUGAUGUCUAUUCGACUGCCGUACGUCAAAUACAUCUGCCCACACGCACCCAGAAUCCCUGUCACACUCAACAUGAAGAUGACCAUGCCCUCAUGGUUUGACCUUAUGGGCUUAAGCCCGGAAUCACCAGAGGAUGAAGCUGGGAUUAAGAGAGCAGCAGAGAACAUAAAGGCCAUCAUUGAUCAUGAAGUAAAGAAUGGGAUACCAUCCAAUCGUAUUAUUCUUGGUGGUUUCUCUCAGGGUGGCGCUCUCUCUCUCUACACUGCUUUGACCUGUCAACAACAGUUAGCGGGUGUUGUUGGGCUUAGCUGUUGGCUUCCACUUCACAAGACCUUCCCACAGGCUGCAAGUGUGAGUGGAAAUAAGGGCACUCGCAUCCUGCAGUGUCACGGAGAAAUGGAUCCCAUGAUCCCUGUGCAGUUUGGGGCAAUGACAGCAGAGAAGCUCAAGACCAUUGUCUCUCCAGAGAACAUCACCUUCUGCACCUAUCCAGGUCUCAUGCAUAGCUCCUGUCCUCAGGAGAUGUCUGCAGUGAAGGAUUUCAUUCAAAAGCAGUUGCCCCGAGUCUGACCUCAUUUUAACUCACUGUGACCUUUAGACACUGAACUCUCACCUCCGGCCUACUAUUCUCCCACAAGAAACAGCUAUGAUCCCCUUCAACACAAAAAUACACACAUUCAGAUACAUAAACAUACACGGUCACGCAUGAAUAUUCAGUUUUAAAUACUGUGAACAUGCAAAACCUGCAUACAGUGUCAUCUCACACCUUUGUUUGUAAUUUCAUACAUCAAUGGACAUUCAUUAAAACUUACAUACUACUAACUAACAUACAAUAAUAUUCCACCAAACUCUUAGGGCCUUUUCUUUAAGUAAGACUUACUGACUUUUAUUAUACAUUCCUAUAAUCAUUAAAGGGAUAGUUCACUCUAGAAUGAAAAUUCUGUCAGCAUUUACACACACGCAUAUUUUUGCGAACUCACAUUUCUUUGUUCCAUGGAACACAAAGGGAGAUGUUUAUCAGAAUGUUUUCCUCAGUCACCAUUUACUUUAAUUGAAUGGAAAAAAGAUGAAAGUGAAUGGUGAUUUGAGGCUACGUCUACAUUAAUCCGGAUACAUUUGAAAACAGCUUUUCAUUUCAAACCGAUCUCCGUCCACACUAGUGUUUUAAAGCGUUUCCAAAAUGCUUAAAUCGUGUUACUGUGGAUACAGAAAAUCCCCGUUGCGCGUACAGUCUAAAACGCAAUUGUCCUCGUGUUCCGUCGCCGGACACCAAUGUUGAGUAAACUUCCCUUCGCCUUUGAAGGAACACAAUGUGAUGGUUGUACAAAGUAACAUUUAUUUUUAAGGCCAAAAUGGAGCGAAAGAGAUGCAUUUUCAAACGAAAACGUAUUAGUGUGCACAAGGCACGAGGCUAAAUUUCUGCCUUAUAUCUUUUAUUUUCCAUGAUAGUCAUAUAGGUUUGGAACAACAAGAGGGUGAAUAAAUAAUGACAGAUUUUUUUUUUACAAUAAUUUUUUCAGUUGAACUAUUCUUUUAAAUCGUCUCUCUUUCUCCAUCUCUCAGUAAGCAAGGCAGUAUGGGUAACCUUGCAUAAGCCAGCUCCAUUACACAGAACUCUGGAGUGUUCAGCAGCUGCAAGUCUGUGGUGAUGGAGGAAGUUUGUCAGAGCCUGGUGCCGUUUGGAGUGACACACGUCACAAUGCUCUGUACGCUAGUCCCACAGUGUAUGCCUGUGGUGGGGGUUCAUCAGGAUGCUGCAUUUCCUACUUGUGCUGAAAAUAUGAAAUGAGAAAAGCAAGCAAAAACCGCACAAAGAAACUAAGUCAGUUAAUCUUUCAAAUCUUCCAGUAUGUUUUGUUCUUCUAAAACAGUUGAUGAAUUAACAUCCAGCAUAAGAAUAUAAAAUAGUUGGUAGAAUUUUUUAUUUGUGCCAUAUUUAUGAAAUCUUGUGCAAUGUUCUUUGUGUCUGUGGAUUAAUUUUAUUAAGUCUUAAGAGUUGAUGGCUUUGUAACACGCAAGUACUUAUUUUAUGGUAAGCAGCAUUGGUAACACUUUACAAUAUGUUUCCAUUUGUUAACAUUAGUUAAUGCAUUAGGUAUAACGAAAGUAUUUUUUACAGCAUUCGUUAAUAUUUUUUAAUGUUUGUUAAUAAAAAUACAAUUGUUCAUUCAUUGUUGGUUCAUGCUAGUUCUUAGUGCAUUAGCUAAUGUUAAGAUGUACAACUUUUGGUUUUAAAAAUGUAUUAGUAUAUGUUGAAAUUAACAACCAAGAUUAAUAAAUGCUGUAGAAGUAUUGUUCAUUUUUAGUUCAUGUUAACUAAUGCUUUCACUAAUGGAUUCUUAUUGUAAAGUGUUAUUGCAGCAUUAUAAGGUGGCUUUAGAUAAUUGUAAAAUAAUGCUAUGUGAUUGACAUUACUUAUUUGUAAUAAUCAAAGUGCAUCACUCCAGACAGUGCUGGUAAUAAGGUGCUGUUGCUUUAAAUAGAAUCCCAAAUCCUCCCUAAUUCCCUGUCCACUUCAAAGCUACAUCAUCCUCCAUCCAUAUGACGAUACACUUUCAAGUGUUCUGGGGUCUCAGAUUGCAAAUGUAUAUAUAUUUCAGGUUCCAUAUUACUGCAUAAAAGUAUUGUUUACUGACACGACCUAUAACAACAGAUGGAGUGUUAUACAGCAGUGUUAGUGGAAGAUGUGGUGGAUUUAGCCUGCUGAUAUUAAUGGAGCAUAAAGUAACCUUGAUUAGCUAAUGAAAUUGAAAGACGAGUUUGCAAAAAUGGAUGCUAUAGUCUCUCACAGUUUUCUUUUCUACAUUUGAAAAUUGAUUAAAAUGGUUUGUGUGAUGAUUACUAAACCAGUUAUUUGCAAAGUAGUGAAUGUUGCUUUUUUUUUUUUUAGAUGUUCUUCAAUAUAUUGUUUUAGUGUUACUUUAUCUUUUUAACACUGUUACUGAGUCCAUUUGACUGACUUCCAUAUUUUCUUAAGCUAUGACCCCUCUUUUCUAGUUGGUAUUAUUCUUUAGAAUUAGCACAAUUUCUUAGCUUUGGUCAGGUUUCCUACAUGCCCUAUGGCUUGAAUGUUUACUGUAUUAAUCAUGGCCAUGCCAGGCACAAGUCAGUCAAAAAGAAACUGGCAAUUUCUUGUGGGUUAACAGUGAACUUAUCAGUCUGUUUAUGUCUACCUGAGUUGUAUUUUUUUUUUGUUUUAUUAUUUGUGCUCAUUUAAACAAAACCAGUUGUGUUCUCUUGUUGUCUUUAUAUUUGAUCAAUUGUACUGAGGGACAAUUGGUUCUUCAGCAAUUUUCCCGAAACACAUGUAUGUGAAAUAAAUGAUGCAAAUCACAA